CCAGCCCAUGCCUGCGGGGGGCCCAGCGCCGCGCAGCCCUUAGGGGAGCCGGCCCUGGCAGGAGGAGCUGUCCCGGCCAUGCUGGCCUGGGCGGGCGUGCUGGGCCUCCUGCUGCUCCUGCUCUGGGGGGCUUGGGCGCAGCUCUGGCCGGGGGCCGGUCCCCGCAGCUCUGGCCUGCAGCUGGUCUGCAAGCCCUCAGCACUCGCCACGCACCUGGAGACCCGCUGCCAGAGCCUGAGAGGCUUCUGGGGAGCCCACUGGGCAUGGAGGGCCCUGCCUUCCCUGCAGAGCCUGGCCAGCCUGGCGGGGCCCGUGGACGGCCAGGUGCAUUUCGUGCGGAACCACCUGCAGCUGCAGGAUGAGGGCUUGGUGGCCCUGGACUGGGUGGUGGGACCGUGCCCCCAGCCCAGGAGACGGGUGUCCGGUGCCGGCAGCACCCCGGUCCUGCUGCUGGUCCCCAACUCCUUCGGGAAGAUAACACGCAAUGUCAGCAAGCUCUGCCGCCUGGCGCUGCUUCAAGGCUACCGCCCCGUCGUCUUCAACCGCCGCGGCCACAACGGCUGCCCGCUGAGCACCGCCCGGCUGCAGGCCUAUGGGGAUGCCGCUGACCUCCGGGAAGCCAUCCAGUACAUCCGCUACCGGUGCCCCGGGGCCCAGCUCUUUGCCGUGGGGGAGAGCACGGGUGCGGGGCUCCUGUUCUCCUACCUGGGGGAGUGCGGUUCUUCCAGCAGUGUGACGGCAGCUGCCUGCAUCUCCCCCAUCCUCAGCCCUCGGGAGUGGAUGGAGGCCGGGUGUCCCUGGCCCUGGCAGCAACUCCUGCUCUGCUACCAGAAGGUUUGGCUCAGCCGGUUCGCCACGGUGCUGGCCGAGGCCACGCGGCCGGGAAGCAUCUCCGGAAGCCGAUCGCUGCGGGAGCUGGAAGAGGCCGUGUUCUGCCAGGCCCAGUCCUGGGACUCGUACUGGGAGAGGAACGAGCCCCUGCGGGACGUGGACGAGGUGGCCACCCCAGUGCUGUGCAUCUGCAGCCAGGACGACCCGGUGUGUGGGGGCACCGGGGGCGCGCCACCCCGCGAGCUGUUCGAGACCAACCCCUACCUCUUCCUCGUGCUCGCCCCGGGCGGAGGCCACUGCGGCUUCUUCCGGGACGGCCUGUGCAGCUCCUUCUGGAGCCACGAGCUGCUGCUGGACUUCUUCCAGGCCACGGUGGACUUCCUCCUCGCGGAGAAGCCGAGCGGCCAAGCCAGGAGGAGAGGGGCGCGGGUUGCCCCCGGCCCCUGCCCAUGCGGGCCGGACUCCUGUCGCCCCCAGGGCCGCGGCGGCCCCGCCCGCCGCCCGCUCGCCCGCGCCCUGGCCGCCCCGCAGCAGUUCUUCAGUGGCAUGCUUUACGUCCUGUGCCAGCUAAAGCUGCCAGUUGAAGAACUGUUGACCGUGGCCACUCUCUGCUCGGCCCGGGCUGCGGGAGGCAGCCAGACCCAGCGCUGGGAGCGCCAGACGGAGCUGCUGCCACCUUGGGAAGGGCCUGCCUAG